UGCAAUAGUAUGCUGCGGGGUAUCUCUUCACAAGGAAGUGGUUUAGGGUCAUCGCAGGUGAAGAAUAAUCUUCGUCUAUAGCUAUUGAUAACAAACAUAAAACACCAAUUGGAUGCAGUUGGACCAAAAUUCAACAAAUGGGAAGUUAGCAUGAACUUGUGCAACAUGAAUAAUUUCAUCGGCGUUUGUUUCUUGUUACUAAUUAUUAUAUUUGCUUUAUUGCCAGCUGAAGGCACUCAAACCACUACAACACCAUCAACACAAAAGCAGUGUCAGGUUUGGGAAAACAUUUCUCAAGAACUUUAUUCUGAGGAAACUUUCAGAGUGAGCUGUCAUAAGAAAGAAAAAGAGUGUGAUGGAUUUGUUUGUGGAGGCUCCUUUACAUACGAUGGCCUCUUUGCCAGGUUUAUUCCUGUCAGGAACAUUCCAUUGUGUUUUGGGGUGGAAAUGAAGCACUGUGAGAACCCCCCGGCAGUGGACCUCCACAUUGUUCUACCACACAAUGGAGUACACUUUGAUCAGAGAGUACACACCAAUGAAACUGUGCAAGUUCCUGGAUUGCAUUUCAACAACAGCCUUGGCGGUAUUCAAGGAAUUCUCGUAGUCAACAUAGAGAGAGUGCCAAAGGAAAAUAUGGUCAACUUAUCAGUGACGUUUAGGAUAAGGUUGACUGCCCUUGGUAGGGAAUUCUUCCCUCAAGGUCUCACCAGGAAAAUAGUUCCAGGGAUUAAGAUCCCAGUGCCUCCAUGUCCAUCAGCAACCACUACACCCGCCCCUAUCACACAUAUGACCAGCAGCCGCUGUCUGAGCAUUUUAAACAAUUUGAAGAGCACAACAACAACAGCAGCACCAGCACCAACAUCAGGUCGGUUGCCAUCGCCUGCAACAGAUAAAGAUCAUAAAGCCAUUUCUUCCUCCACACCAAAUCCCAGAGAAACGACAAAAGGACCUCAUCACUCAAAGAUCCCUCCUACAACUGAAGGAAAAGGUAAGAUUGGCCAGCAGUGUAGGAUUGAUCAACAUAGCUGUGGAAAUGGAGAGAAAUGCAGAGACGGAGUGUGUGAAUGUAUUUUGGACUGGAAUUGGGAUGGUCAGAAAUGUGUGGGACCUCCAGUCAUUGGACCCACUAAGUUUCCUGGCACAGUUACCACAGCAAGUCCUGGUGGGGUGACAAAGCCACACAUUGCACCAAACUCUGCAACAGAAAAACCUGGCAUAAACUCCACUGUGAUAGCAGCUGUAGUUGGUCCGUUAGCUUUCCUGCUGAUAGUGGGGAUAGGGGUAGGCAUCUUUUGCUGGUACAAAAGACGAGACAACCCCUAUGCUGGAAGGCAACUGCUGCUGACAUCUGGUGACGAUGAUGCUGGGAUGUGAUAAUCUUGGUGCUCAAAAGCAAAAUGUUGGAGGGAAGAGGGGGGAGUAUUUUACAAGAUCAUUUGACUGAUCAUCGUGAUAUAUCUUCAAUUAAAGAUACUUUUUUG